GAAACGAGAGAUCUCUCAAUCCUGCGAUCCACACCAACACAUGCUGCUUUCCGAUCCUUUGCUUUUUGAUCAUGUCAGUCAGAAUAAAAAAUGAGGAGCAGCUUGGCGUCGUGCAAAGCACAGAGCAUGAUGACGACGAUCAAGUUGUUCGUGAGAUAGAUGUCUUCCUUUCGCCCGCGUUGACCAACCUAUUUCAUCUCCUCCAAUACCCCUUGCAGCAUACGCCAGUGACACAUCCUUCAGCCGCCCGUAUUAAGCAUCGACAUGGCAUUCUUGAGCUGGACCAACCAUUGCCCAUGUCAAUUGAGCGUUCCGGAUUGUUCCACAUGCAACAUCGUACGUAUCGCAGCCAAACCGUUCCUGUUCAGACACAUGUCUGCAUGGGAAAGCUACAAGACGACCCACUCGGCAAGACUUCUCUGCAUUUGGUACCACUGACGCACGCGAGUCAAAUGAGACCCACGUUCCAGCACGUGGAUGCAAUGGACGACCCACACGCUGAGCUAAACAUCGAAGAGGACGACGACGUUGACGAUGACAAGACGAUGGAAAAGAAGCCAGUUGUUUUUCAGCGGAAAGAGUCGGAGCGUGCUGCCAUAGCCCGAAAGUCAAGCUACGCAUUCAAGAAAGCAAGUGAGGAAGGCGAAGAAUGGCAACAACUAGAGGUAAGUCUUCCUGAUACGGAAUUGCAAAGGACCUUGUUAAACGACGUUGUAUGCGCGGAUCUCGGAACGUUCGCGUUGCUGCCGUCUGAACAGCAAGCAUCUUUGUUAGACCCGGACAUUUCGUAUGUCAAUAGCCUUGAUUACAUGCCUCCUCAGGCUGGGCAAUUAUAUGCUCAUCUUGAAGGUAAAGAUAUCAAGACGGUUGUCUCCAAAUUGACAGUCCUAAUGACAAGAGGCUGGCCGAUCCCAUAUUCAAUUUUACGAGCCCAAUUUUCAUCGCAAAUAGCUGACGAGGCUCUCCUCCACGCCUUGUCAGUAUGCGCAGUGAUGGUUCGUGGAAUAUUUUGCUUGAACUCUAAGUUGCUGAACUUGGAUGAGCCUCUGCAAAGAGCAAGGACAUUUAUUUUGUAUCUCUUGCAUAGCCACGGAUCUAUAUACCGUACCAAACUUGACCGAGUAUUUGUUGGAUACAAAGAUGUUUCAUCGCAGCGUCUGCUGGAAAUUUUGAAGCAAGUCGGGAAAAAGAUCCAGUCUUGUUGGGUUUUGAAAGUUCCAGAUGACGAGCAUUUUUUAAAAGAUUAUGCUGCGACUUCGGCCUUACAUGAACUUUAUUGGCAGCGGCAGUCAAUUCGCUACUCUAGUUUGCUCCAGGUAUAUAACAUGCCCUAAAAGUAUU